AUACAGGUUUUACUUAAAUAACUGAUUUUUAGUCUAGAUUUACUUCAACGGAAAUUUUUGACUGCUGUCUCGCGCCAAUUUCAAAUAAUCUGUUUUGUAAAUAAAAUACUCUGUGUUUGGGGCCCGUUAAUAUGCGAUUUACGAAUUACAGCCAAAACCCGUUAUUAAAGUGUCCCAUAGAAGAUUUUUUGUAAGCUGGAAUAAAAAAAACGAGUUUGAACAUAGUUCGUAGAAGCCGUAUGUUCUCGAGGUUGACAAAAAGCCAGCGACCUUGCAUUUACAUGAAAAUGUUUUUGAUGCGAUGAUCUACCGGAAGUAAGUUUAAACAAAGCUUUAAAUUAGACGUGAAAUGAAUAUCACGGUUUGACUAUCCUUUUGAAAUGUCUAAAGUCAUCGAAUGCGUCAACAAAGGUAAUACACAUCUUCUGGUUCAAUUUUUCCACAGCAAGGUAUUUUUCACCAAACUGAAUAUAUUUGCCAUUUCGUGUCAGUAUAAAUUUAUGCCCGCAUUAUCCAUUUAUUGUACUACAAAGCAUUAUUUGUUAGAUCUUAACAGGAUGUAAAUUUGCCCCAGGACGCCUCACUUCUGUUUACAAAUAUAAUGACGUUUACAAGACCGCCAGCGUAGGUACCAAUGUUUGAAAUAUACGUGUAUCAUAUGUUUUAUCAGACGUGCUACUGUUGUGUGAACAGAAUUCCAAGGAAAUAGAAAAACCCAGUUGUUCUGAUUGAAAACGUUAGAGGACGUCACCUAUACUGAAAACGGACGACAUCGUAAUGAAAUGAAUUAAAACAUAGAUGAAAAUCGUUACGUGGAAUAUUAAUGGAUUGCGCACUUUUAAAGGGUUCCUUAGAGAAACACUGGACGCUUUUAAGGCCGAGGUUAUAUGUUUCCAGGAAACUAGAACAAACAGAUCUACUUUGGAAUCCGACCUGGCGUGUGUUUCCGGCUAUAAUUCGUAUUUCGCUUUCCCGCGUGCCUUAACCGGUUACUCAGGGGUUGCCACGUUUUCAUCGGAUAAAUUGCGACCCUUCGCUGUUAAUGAGCUUCUACAAAGGUGUACCGAUGAAGGAAUCGAAGCAAUGGACAUGCUCAUGGACGUUCCUCGUUCGAUGGGGGACGACGACCCAACAAGUUUUAUCGAUCCCAAAGAGAUCGCUAAUAUUGACUCUGAAGGACGUUGUAUUGCCUUGCUCUAUAAGUUCUCAGAUAAAAAUGGCGGCUUGCAUUCUCUUGUCAUAUUUAAUCUCUACUGCCCCCGAAAUGAUCCAGAUAGGCCGGAACGAGCUGAAUUUAAGCGUAACUUUAAUGCCAUGUUGGAACACCAGGCGCGAAAUCUUGUGACAAAAGGAUACCAUGUCAUACUUGCUGGAGACAUGAACAUUUCGCAUAAGAGAAUCGACAACUGUGAUCCUUCUGAAGAAUUUGAGUCGGCUCCAGAACGGAUCUGGAUGAGUAAGCUACUCGAUAGAUCUCAGAGUGUUCAUUUUGUGGAUGUAUUCCGCCAUUUCCAUCCUUUUGAAACAGAACAGUACACAUGCUGGAAUUCGCAGAAAUCUGCCAGAGUGACAAAUUUCGGCACCCGAAUCGAUUACAUCAUCUCGGACGCGGAAUUAAUAAAAUAUUUCACUAGCUGUGAUAUUCAUGCAGAUAUCACAGGAUCAGAUCAUUGUCCCGUGUCUGCCGUAUUAAAUAUAAAUCUAGUGUCGGCAGAAAAAGUUCCUAAAAAAUGUACGCGUUUCUGGCCAGAGUUUUCAGGCAUACAAACAUCCCUUAAAGUAUUUCUCGUAAAGACUAGUCCCACACAAUCGCUGAACUCGGUUAAGAACGGAGCACUCCGCAAGCGACCAGCUGAAACUCAGUCAAAAUUAAAUGCAUUUUUUGUAAAAAAGUAUAAGCAUUCUCUCGAUGAUCAGAAAGCUGGUGUUGAAAUUAAUAGCGCCGAUGCAGGUAGUCAAGCUGUAUUUUUAAAUACAUCAAACGAAGCACACAAGCAAGAAUUAGAGACAACCUCUAAAACGGUUCAACGUAAAGCACAACUGAACCCUAGUUGGAAAAAUAUUCUUAAAGGACCACCUUCAGCUCCGACAUGCUCUGGCCAUGGCGAAACUUCCGUUAUGCGAAUUGUUAAAAAGGAUGGGCCCAAUAAAGGGCGAAAGUUUUUUUGUUGUGCUAGGCCGGAAGGAGCUGCUAGCAAUAAGGAAGCUAGAUGCCAAUUCUUUGUUUGGAUAUAGGCUCUGAAGUUAUUGAGCAUUUGUUGACAUUUAUUCAAGUCAUUCAGAAAUACUCAACAAUUGAGAUCUAAAAAAAUAAGUAACAAAAAACGCAUAUGACUAUCCUAGGUCCCAAAGGUCACUUGUCGGGAGAGUUUUACCAUAGACCAAUACUAGACUGCGGUGAUAGACCUAAACGCUAAUGAAUUGAACUUUGAAUUAGUUAAACAUACGCAUGCUAUAUGUAAUGUCAGUUAAGUUAUAUAUAUAGUCAAUAAAGUUUUUCUAUUAAACACAUUUAAUAGAUGGAAUAGUCGAAACGGGCAAAAAAUGCUGCAUUACUGAAUAAUAGGAUUUCUGAAUAAUAGGAAGGAAUAACUACGGCACCUUAAAUUUAAUGGCAAACUGAUCAUCCAUUGGAAAGUCUUCCACUGCUACCUACAAAGAUCUUUCGCGAGCUGUCACAUUGUACACAGCAUGUAUGCCUCAUAUGUACCUAUAUUGACGAU